GUAAAUAAUUUUACCUCAGUCUCCUUAUCGAUAAAAUAUCAUACAUUGUUUUUAUUAUUUCUUAUCAAGACCAUUGCCACUGACAACCAUUCGAUCACCAAACCAUGACCAGUUUUACCAUUUCUGAUGAUCAACUAAAUGGUAUCAAGGAUCAAGUAGUGGUCAUUACAGGAGCAUCUUCCGGCAUUGGUCUCGCAACUCUUCGCCGAGUUCUUCAGCACGGUGGUAAAGUCUUCGCCAGCGAUAUUAACCCUCUGCCUUCGCCUGAAUACGAUAGUGUGCCGUUUCUAAGAGUCGACGUUGCUGUAUGGACUGAGCAAGUCGCCUUCUUUAAAGCGGCGGAAAAAGAAUUCGGCGCUAUUGAUCAUGUCUUUGCUAAUGCUGGCAUUGGUCCUACUAUUACGUUGCUUGAAGACGACGUCGAUGACAAUGACGACCUCUUACCACCUAGAAUGGAAACAUUCAAUGUGAACAUGACGGGGUGUGUCUAUACUGUUAAGCUAGGCCUUUACUACCUGAAAAAGAACCCAAACGGAGGCAGUGUCGUCAUGACUGCUUCUGUGUCCAGCUUCGCCAGGCUCCCUACUACCGACUAUACAACUGCCAAACACGGCGUCCUGGGUUUGCUCCGUUCUCUUGGGCCGCAACUGCACCCCGCUCUGCCUAUCCGGAUCAACGCCAUCGCUCCGUCCUGGACUGCGUCAGGCAUCGUCACUGACGACCUGCUCAAUGCGAUUGGCAAGGCAAAUUACCAAUCUGCCGAUGUCCCGGCGCGCUCUGUUGCAUUGUUGAUGGCGGAUGAAACUCGCCAUGGUGAACUGAUUUACAGCGAAGUCGGCAAGUUCAAGGAGAUAGAGCACGGAGAGGGGGGUUUUCUUGCGUUUUCAAAGAAGACGCUCGGGGUUACGGAUGGGAUGGGAAUCGCAGCAAUGGAUCAGUUGAAGAGUGCGGGAAUUUUCUGAACGCUCCAGUGGGGAAAGGCGUCGACAAUGCACUUGAUGAGAGAUAAUGUGCGCGCACUGUCUACUAUUGUAGUGUAGCAUGAAUUUGGUAUCGGCCUGAAACCAUGCUAACUAGCAAGGUAACCAGUCGUUUAAUGAAGUCUUAUCUACCACUUU